AUGAUCGACGUUAACAGCAUCCUUGGUCCAGGACAUAAACACUUUGAAGAGUUCGAAUUCGCAGCUGUUGAUGGCGUGAAAUGGGGGCAGGUACACAGUCACAGAAAAGUACCAGCAGAAUUUUUCCCUGACAACAGAGCCCUCGACGAAAAAGCAGUUCAAUCCUGGUUACAAAAAUGGGAUACAGAAGCAAACGAAAAUCUAGACUACUACAAGUCCAAGCUAAAAGAAUUUCGCGCAGGCGGAGCACCGCCGGAGUUCAAUACCGAGGAUGAAGCGAAAGCAAAAAAAGCGUAUGAGAAAUUCAAGCGAUCAGAGGAAGUUAAAAAAUUCAAGGAUCUCAAAUUAUCCAGCGGGCGUAACUCGGUCAUUCUUGAGGAGGACGAGGAGCUACUUGGUCAUUCUGAUGCAGAGGAGCCAGCUAGUAAAUGCAAACGUGACGGACCAUGCAGUCAGAAGGAAAUCGCCAAGCCAGAGCCCCACAAGUCCGCAGCAGAGCCGCCCAAGAUCGCCAACAAGGAGCUGGAGAAGGCCAUCGAGGAGGCGUCGCAACACGAGUUUGAGAAAUCCGCCACGCAGCAUAGGGUCAAGUCCGUUGUCGAAUCCAAGUUCAACCAGCCGCUUGAGAAGUUCCGCAAAGACGUUCUUAAGUAUCGGCCGCUCUCAAUCAAGUCGCCUCACCUCGGCGGACUUAUCGGCGCAGGGCUCGGCGCAGGGCUUUAUGUCAAAGACAUUGUUGAGACCUUCCAGGAUCACAAUGCUCAUGGCAUAGACCGCCUCGCAGCGCUGACUUCGAUCGCGCCUGUAAUGGGUUGCAUUACCAAACUGGGAAAGGACCUAUCCCACGCAAAGAUCAACGGACUCGAUGUGCUGGAUGAUGCCUUGUGCGGACUCGGCGACGUCUUGCUCUUUACUCCCGCGGCCCCCCUUGGGCUGGCGGCACACGUCGCCCGCAUUUUUAUCAGCUUAACUCGAGAAAUUGUCAACGUCUUCUCAGGACCGGAUGAACAGCUUCUAAAGACCCUCAAGGACAGCCGCGAUAAGUACUGGUUGGAAUUCUUAGAAGACAGCAUAUUACUCCCAACUUUCAAUUCGAAAGAAUUCGCCGACACUGUAGGCCGUGUUCUCGCCAUGGAGACCUUGGCCGUUCUCUCCGAUGGCGCACAAAUGUUAGGCCUUAUUGAAGCGACCCGGGAUAUGCCGAAGAAUGGUGCAACAGCGGUACAGAGCUCAUCCCAAGAAUUAGUCCAAGCUACAAUGGAAGAUGCCCGGAAAAAUGUUACGGUGCAAAUCGUUGAAACACAUCGCCAGACCCUAUUGAAGCUCGUUGAGAAAGUAGGAAAUCAGCAAAAAGAGGUCGUACCGUUGCAAAAGACAGCCGACAAGUACAACAAAAUGUUCAUCCAGAAGUACAGGGAACGCGCGCGAAAACCACCUCCACGAGGGGACGAGUCACUGAUGGCCUGGAAGAUCGGAAAGGAUCUCAAGUUUAGAUACAAUAAAGCAAUCGCGAACCAUUUACGUACCGAGGCGCUAGCGCUACCCGACAGCUUCGCCAUCGCCUACCUUAUCGGAAUUUCAUUGGGGCAAGACGCCACUCUGCCGACGCUAUCGCCACCCGAAAACGAGAGCGCAUCCAUAUCGUCCGACAAUACUGCCAACUGGGAGAUGCACCCAUUAACACUAAACGCAACAGAUUACCUUCUGAAGAAGCAAAGUGGCAUAUCCAAGGAAGACGCCGACACCAUUGCCAUCCAGCAAACCGUUAGCGUCGCCAAAUCUUAA